UAUUGAGUACAAAUAGGCAGUUCAUCUUAUAAAUAAGAUAAACAAAUUCAGAAUUCUCAAUGCAGCUAAUAAAAAUGCGAUUCUAUAGCUUUGUUGUGAUGAUGUUCAUCGUUAUUCUGGGCAGUGAAGUUGCGACAAGAUUUGCAAACGGAAUUUGUGUCACCAAGAUUAUGAAAGGGAAAAUAGUGACCCAAGGUGACUGCGAGGUUGACAACGAACAUGACAUUUUGCAAGAAAUAAGAAAUAAUAUCGCAAAGAAACAACAUGGCGAAAAUUGUCACUUCGUGUACAAUUCAAAGUGCUUCCGGGAAAUAUUUCAAGAUAUUUCGAUCAACUUCAAUCAAGCUCAAACCGCUUGUGAAUCAAUUGGGGGAAAGCCAGCCAACAUUCAUGAUAUGGAACACUACAACAUGAUAAUAAACUACCUCCGUCCUAGAAUUGUCCCUUCGGGUCGUCAAAUCGUCGAUAUAUGGACAGGAAUGAGAUACGACGAAAAAACAUUGAUUCUCUCUACGGGAAAGAAAGCUGUGCUUACGCGGGAAGUUUGGUUUACGAAUUACCCUACCAGUGAUAAAACACACACACACAUUGGCAUCAGAGUGCAGAAAGACCCGAAUAUGACGAGCCAAGGUCUCGACAACCUCGCACCAACUUCAAGCCUUGAAGGAGUGCUCUGUGAAAUUUGAGUGGUUAAAAAAAUACUACAUCUAUAUGUAUACUGAUUCAAUAGUCUGGCUGCACACUAACACAAAUAUAUUUCAGUUAUGUAUUUCUGUCAUAUGAGAUUUUUAAUAAACUCAUAAAUUGUUUGUAAAGUUAUAUAUUAAACGAUAACCAGGCUUAUCCAUGAGACAUGUUGUUCCGUUCCGUCCCACCCUAUAUCAAUUUAUGCCUGUCCCAUCCUAUCUCAUGGGGCCUAUA